UUUUAAACUAUCUUUCUUAUUCUCUCAAAUUAAUAAUUUUCCUUUUUCUUUUCCUUUUUCUCAAAUCUCAAUUUCUUCAAUAAAAUAAAUUAGGGUUUCUACUGUAUCUGUUUUUCUUCUUCUUUACAUGCGAUUUUGUAUCAAUUGAUCAAGAAAAAUAAGUAAUAAUGUACAGCAAUUUCAAAGAGCAGGCGAUUGAGUACGUUCGUCAAGCAGUACAAGAAGACAACGCUGGUAAUUAUGCCAAAGCAUUUCCAUUAUACAUGAACGCUCUUGAAUACUUCAAAACCCAUUUAAAAUACGAAAAAAACCCUAAGAUUCGCGAAGCUAUUACUCAAAAGUUCACCGAAUAUCUCCGUCGGGCGGAGGAGAUCCGUGCCGUUCUCGACGAAGGCGGUCCCGGUCCAGCUUCCAAUGGGGAUGCUGCUGUUGCUACGAAGCCCAAAACUAAGCCGAAAGAUGGGGAUGACGGGGAAGAUCCAGAGCAAGCCAAAUUGCGAGCUGGGUUGAAUUCUGCUAUUAUUAGAGAGAAGCCUAAUGUUAAGUGGAACGAUGUGGCGGGGCUUGAAAGUGCUAAACAGUCUUUGCAGGAAGCUGUUAUUUUGCCUGUUAAGUUCCCUCAAUUUUUUACAGGCAAGAGACAACCAUGGCGGGCUUUUCUUUUGUAUGGACCACCUGGAACAGGGAAAUCUUACUUAGCCAAGGCAGUUGCAACUGAAGCAGACUCUACUUUUUUCAGUAUCUCAUCCUCAGACUUGGUUUCAAAGUGGAUGGGCGAAAGUGAAAAGCUUGUAUCAAAUCUUUUCCAGAUGGCGCGCGAAAGUCAGCCGUCAAUUAUUUUUGUUGAUGAAAUAGAUUCCUUGUGUGGCACACGAGGAGAAGGCAAUGAGAGUGAAGCUUCAAGACGUAUAAAAACAGAACUUCUUGUACAGAUGCAGGGUGUAGGGAACAAUGACCAGAAAGUUCUAAUUCUUGCAGCAACAAACACACCAUAUGCCCUAGAUCAGGCAAUCAGGAGACGUUUUGACAAGCGUAUAUACAUUCCUCUACCAGAUCUGAAGGCUCGGCAGCAUAUGUUCAAAGUGCAUCUUGGAGAUACUCCUCACAACUUGACUGAAAGUGAUUUUGAAAGCUUAGCUCGCAAGUCAGAAGGCUUUUCGGGUUCGGAUAUAUCUGUUUCUGUGAAGGAUGUCCUCUUUGAGCCAGUUCGUAAGACUCAGGAUGCCAUGUUUUUUAUCAACACUCCCAAUGAUAUGUGGGUGCCAUGUGGACCAAAGCAGCCCGGUGCUGUUCAAAUUUCCAUGCAGGAACUAGCAGCACAAGGGCUUGCUGCCAAGAUUCUUCCUCCACCAAUCACAAAAUCAGAUUUUGAUAAGGUCCUUGCAAGACAGAGACCAACAGUGAGCAAAUCUGAUCUGGAUGUUCACGAGAGAUUCACAAAGGAAUUUGGGGAAGAAGGUUAAUCAAUAUCGUGAUACGUUCAACUCUCACCCAAAUAUAAACAAUCUAGAAGUGAAGAUGCCUUUGGAAGCUGUCUGGGACCAAGUCAUGGAUUGAAAUAUCUAAUCAAAAGUUUGUCGGUAGGUUUUCAUGCCUUUGUAGUCAUCUCCUGGCAAAUGGCAAAUGGCACAUGCCCAAGAAAUAGAAAGGCAUUUAUUUUGUACUUCAUAUACCAUACAACUAUAUAUUUCCAAUACCAUAGGAUCAAAUUUAUUUUCGCCUC